UCACUGGUGCACAUUCCGGAAAAAGUUAAUUGUUUACAUCGCUGUCAGUCGCCAGAAAGCAACCUGCUCUAGAAGAGAAGAAUUGCGAUAUCUUCUACAUGCAGUUUAUUGGUUUGUCAUUUCUUGUUGUAUUUCGCUGUCAGCUGCCAUUCUUCAGUGAGGUUGUUCUUCCCUAGCGGUUUAUCCCGUUGUUGGAUCAUACUUGGGAAGAUUUGGUGUAGUAUGCUCUACCAACGUUUCGUCUUUCACUUUCACAAGACGAUUAGCAUGAGCGCAAGUUCAUUGUCCUGACGCUGGAAUAAGAGUAAGCGAAAGUUUGCUGCCAUGACGGAGGGAACUGGCAAACUGCCGCUCAGGCGCCUGGAACCGCCCAUCCAUAAGUUUACCAAAGUGGCUAUUCCUACCGAUCUGCAGAGACUUCAGCAACAUCAACACAAUAUAGAAAAGUUUCAGAGAUGUCGACAAUGGGACAGACUCCACCAGGAACACAUCAACUCCAGCCGCACUGUGCAGCAACUGCGCUCUAACCUGUGGGAGAUGGAGAAGCUGUGUGAGCGUGUCCGGGCCGAGGAUGCCGCUGCACUGGACAAACUGGUCCAGCCAAUCAAAGAGCAGGCAUCAGCCGCAGCCCAGGACUUCCUGCGUCUCCAUUCAGAGGCUGUCAAUCACCCGCUGCCAUCACAGCCAACCGCCUCACACACACAGCACGACCCAUCCUGUGGUGAUGACGAUAUGGCCACCUCACUGGGUGUCACACAGAUGCAGCUGCCACCAAUUCCACUGGAGCAGAAUGCUGCGGAGAGCUGGGACACUCUGGAGGAGGAUUUGCAGGAGCUAAGUGGUUUGGUCAAUGAAUUUGCCUUACUUGUUCAUUCACAGCAGGAGAAGAUUGACAGCAUUGAGGAGAACGUUAGCGUGGCGGCGAGCAACGUGGAGGAGGGGGCGCGCAGCCUCGGGAAGGCUGCUAGCUCGGGAUUGGCCGUGCUGCCGGUGUGCGGAGCUCUGGUGGGCGGGGUUUUGGGUGGACCCCUCGGUUUGUUGGCAGGAUUUAAAUUGGUGGGUGUGGCCUCUGCAAUAGGUGGUGGGAUUCUUGGAUUUGCUGGCGGCAACCUGAUCCAAAAACGCAAACGUGAGCGUGUGGAUGUCCAACUCCAGCAGCUGAAGAACACACACGAUGAUUAAAAUGGACUGUUGUACUCACACACACACACAUUUGAAUGACACACAAACACACAUCCACUGACAAGCACACAAAUAGACUCCAAGAGAACACACAGAGUUGGAUUUGUACACACCUGUGAUUUCUAUAUUCAAGCGUUGUUGGUUUGCUUGCUCAGUUACUGAACUGCUUUAAUGUCACACUGAAGUCGCAGCAAUCACACACGACUCUCAGUGAAUCUUGAACUUGACAACGCCUCACUCAUGAGCCUCACGGCAAAAGAUGUCAUUUAUGCUCAAAGCCAUUUUGGUUAGCCAAUUUAUUUGCCUUAUUUGAAGCCUCUGCUGUAAUUCUGGCACUUGAAACAAAGUCCAAUGAAUGUGACUGACCCCUCGCCAUCCUGACCCUCACACGCGCCUGUUGUUCAGUUGUUAACCUUCACCAAGCCUUAUUGGAAGUGCUGCCGUAGGGGAGAGAUGAAUGGCUGAUGAGCUGUCUGAGUUUGACUGUACAGUGGUGCGUCCUAUAAUAAUAAAUAUGUAGAAUUAAACAUUAACUAUAACUAUAUAAUUAAACAUCUGUAUUGAUGACACACUGAAUAUCCA